GAUAAUGUGGUUACUGACUUAAUUUUCCUUUAAUGUAGCAUUUAGAUGCAGCAUUCCAUCUCAUGAGGAGGCGUCUAGAAUUUUAUCCUAACGUGUACCCUCAGAAAUGUGUUGUUAUGCCUACAAUUUUUCCUGAAUCAUUGAAGGGUCGGUGGGACGCUUUUCCAGGUUCUGACUACUCUAGAUUUAGUUGGGAUGACAGUAUAUUGGACCUGGUUAGGGGUGAUGCAGUCCAGUUCUUACCGAGUUGGCAGAACAAGGAGUUCAUUUAUUUUGCCCUCUUCUUGAAAGACCAAAUGCAUUGGGUAGCUGUAGAGGCAGACCUGAAUGGGUGGAUGCUCAACAUCUUUGACUCCAGUAUUGGAUCAAUUUCCGAAAACGAUUUGAUCAGCUUGAUGGUUGACUGGUGUACCAUUUUCCCGUCGGUCUUGCGACAGUCCGGUUUAUUUGAGAACCAUGACGUUAUACUCGCGCCUCAGUUGACAGCAUCAGAGAGCCAGUGGCGAUUGCGGAUGUUACGUAAUUGAGCAUAUUGAACAUAAGCUUCUACAACUACCAUUUGAUAAUGUAACUGACAAUAAUAUGAAACUUUUU